AUGUCUACCUCAAUGACACCAACAGGAGGAAGAAGGCUGUUAGCAAGUUCAAUAACCAAAAUAAUUGCGACUGACCCUCCUGACCCUCGAGGAGGUCUACACAAGAGUUUUCCUCAUUGUAUCGCUUAUAAGCUUCCCAAAGAAACUGUAAAAUCUGUAAUUGAAAAUAUCUUUAAAAAAUCUCCUGCCAAAGACGCAACAUCAGUUUAUACGGCUUCAGACGAUUGGAUUCAAUCACUUUCCACCUCAAUUGCUAAUGAACUCUCCGCAAACUUUAAUGUUCCUGCUGAAAAUUUCUCGGAAUCCUCCACAAAAAUUGCUAAUGUUGUUUCUGGUAUAGGAAAUGGAACUUGGUCAUCUGGUAUUACACCUAUUAAUGCAAUUAAGGAUCUUGAAACAAAUGUCCCGUUGUAUAUUUCCGAUUACUUUGAUCAAUUGUCUGGUUGGUCAAGAGAACAUGUUUUCGACGAACAAAAAGCUAGAAUUGGAAGCAUUAUUUCCGGUUUAAAUAGUUCAAGUAAACCUUACCCUGCAACAAGUCCUCAUGGUCCCGAAACCGCUUUAUCCGGAAAAUAUGUGAAAAUUAACUGGAAGCUUCCCGCUGUUAACGUUGACCGCCCAUUUAACAUCAGUCCAGGCACUGCUUCAUUUAGUUCGGAAGCUGAACCAAGUAGUGGUGAAGUUUACAGAUACUUUGCAUUCAUUGAUUCUAGCAAGCUAGCCAUUUCAAUGGAAAAAGAUGGUUCAAUCAAGAAAAAUCUUUACAAUUUCACUGAUCCUUCUCAGCUUUGGAGAAUUGAUAACUACGGAAACUUUUAUGCGUUGUAUAAUAAGAAAUAUGGAGCAUAUCUAGGAAAAAGUCUUAAAGCGAAUAAAGAAAAACCCGACAAUAACUGGCAUGAAUCUGCAGUUUAUCUUGUUGAGAAUGAUGAGCACACUUAUUCAAUUGGAUACACGCGUGAUAAUAAACAGCUUGAUUCUGCUGAUAUAUUGAGAAAUCUUACCCUUGUUACUAUCCCGUUAGUAGCAUGGCGUAAUCCUUCAGGAAAAUUCGUGAGCAUUGAAUCUAAUCAAGGAUCUUUGAAUUUUUCAGAUGGUGAAACACACGGAAGUACUACAAUUCCAAAACCGGAGCAACUCUUUUUAUUCGUUCCUCAUCCAGAUUUCUCAACCAAAUCAGUUAUUGUUGGCCAUAAUGAAAAAUUCCUUGAAUUUAAUCCAUCAGAUUCAAACAAAUCAUCAUCUUUUGGCUUCGAGCUUAAAACUCCUGAAAGAUUACCUUUCGUAUUGUUUAACUACGAUCAAAAUAUUUACCCAAGGGGCGCAAAUUUUUUGGCUUCUCGCUUGCAACAACCUUCAAUUGUAAAAGCGGCUGUUCCACCACCCGGUAAAGGAUCGCGAGUUAGAGUCUGGAAAUCUGAUCCAUCUGUCAAGACAAUCGGUAUACGCGAACUUUUCUUAAUAAAUACUGAUAUAAAAUCGGGACCAGUUGAUUCUUGGUUCGAAACAGUAUCAACAGCAAAACCGAUAGCUCCUGAUUCAAAUGGAGAUUUCUUAUUAGAUUUUGACAAUACUCCUUCACAAGCUCCCAACGAAUCAGAUAAUCACACUCGAUUUGAUGUUGUACAUACUUUUUCAACUGUUCGAUAUACAUAUGAUUUGUUAUUGGGUGAUUUAGAAUAUCUUGAUGGAAAUCCACCACAAUUAACCAGACCUUGGGGAAAUAAGAGACUUCAAAUAUUUCCUCAUGCUGGAGAAGAUGCUAAUGCUUAUUAUAGUCGCGAAGAAGGUGCUUUGAAAUUCUUUUUCACCAAGAGAAAAGAUGGUACACCAAUCUUUUUGUGUAGAAGUUUAGAUGUGGUGGCUCAUGAAGCUGGCCACUCCUUUUUGGAUAUUUUUCAACCUCAAUGGAGAUCUGAUGGACAAACUGGUGGUUUCCAUGAAGCUUUCGGUGAUUUAUGCAGUUUAUUUGUUCUUAUCUCUAUGGCCGAUAUUGCAGAUUUAUUUGUUACUUUAACAAAAGCAAAUUUAAGAGUCCCGAACAAUUUCUUAUCAGCUGUAGGAGAAGAAUUUGGAGACGCCUUAUUCAAUAAUAAAGGAAAAGGUUUAAGAAACUUAUCUAAUGAUCUUAUAGGUUCCAAAGCUCAACCCGAAGUACAUGCUUUAUCUUUGGUUUUCAGCGGAUUUUAUUAUGAUGUAUUAGUUGAUGUAUUUGCAUUAGAAAGGAACCCAGCAAUUAAGGGUGACACUGACACUUUAUUGGAUGUUGCGACUGUCUUGCGUAGAGCUCUUAUUAUUGCAAUACGAGUAUCUUCCGAAAGUUCAACAAAAACAAAAUUCCAAGAACUUGCAACAAAUUUGGAAACUGCUUUUGAAACUUUAAGUAGAAGAUUAGGAGUAAAUUUAUCUAGCUGGACAGAAGUUGUACGAAAGCAUGCUAAAGCUAGAGAAUUAUCUAUUGCUGGCUUGAGUUAAAGAGUUACAUUCUGUAGUUUUUGUAAAAGAAAGAAAUUAGUUACGUAUUAUAUACAUAUAUAGUUUAUUAUUAUCUUAUUAUAUUUAUGUAUAUUGAAUAUGAGUCUUUUUUAUGUAUAAUUUGAAUAUAUUUGUGAAUAAAUAUUAAAUUUAUUAAAA